AUUGGUCGGAGUUAGAUGUUUGUAUUUUCCGUUUGUGUUCGGCGUGCUUUUUUCCAUUUCCCUUUCAAUAUUUAUACACUAGCGCGGCGCAUGUGAACAUCCGUUCCCUAGCCAACCCUCCCAUCCUAGUCGAGCGUAAACAAAAUUCACCCUAUGUGUUGCAUUUCCUCCCCAUGAAGACCAUAAGAAAACGGUGAUUCAUUUAUUUGAGGUUUACUCAAUCGGAUGGAUUUUGUGAGCUCUUUUCGUUUCUGCGUUUUAAGAUUGUGAUGCCAAUUGAAAUUCGACAAUGAAAAUAGUGUACAAAACCAAAGCAGAUAAUAGUUGAGUGGUUCAAAAAUACAUCUUAAAGCGACCUCAAGUGUAAAAUCAUUCUGAUGUGUGUUCUCUUGCAUGAUUUUUGGCAAUAAUUCUUAUCAACUGUGAUGGCUUUGGAUGCAACCUAUCCACUGUUGGUGUUGCUGAAAUUAAUAGUAUUGAUGAAUCUUCCGCAAGUUCUGCCCUGUCCGGGUAUUGCAACUAACGAAGUACAUAUUGAUUGUGAUGAAGAGAUGAAAAUGGUUAACAGUCGAAGUAAAAGCACAACACCGAUAGUUGAGUACUUCAAGGAGCAUGAAGUCAGUGAAAAAGAUUCCAAAAUGGCUCUCGAUGCUUUGGAUUUGGACCUAGUGUCCCAAGUGCCGGCAUGGUGUAACGAAUGCAGUUUGGAUAAAAUCCACUUCUGCCGUUCGGCAGCGUUCAUCAACGACCACUGCUGUUGCGAACAUCGUCACGCGAGGGAAAAACUCCCAUGGAUUCCUCAUACCUGCUAUCUGGGAAAAGAGCGAUGUCAACCUCAUACGAGUUCCUGCAGCAAAUAUCGGGAGAUACGACAGUGUUGCUGCGACCGCUUGCUUAUUGCCGACUAUAAAGCGAAAUUUUCUACGGGAUCACCCACCUGCAGCCGAUCGCAUAAGAUCAGCUGGAUCUUGUCCGUUUUAGUGACAUCGAUUUACACAAUCCGCUUAAGUUAGCUCGCUAGUCUCUCGGAGGACAAAAAUUAUUUCCCACCAAAGGCCGUACUAAUAAUAACUGGAUGCUUCACGAUGCUUCACGAUAUGAUAACCACCAGUGUUGGUUCAUCGAUUCCACCAGCAAAAAAGAGUGUCUAAGAUGUACUUAUUUUAUGUAAACAAGUUGAGAUAGGCUGUGUAAUUCUAGUUGCGUAUUGAGGAAAAGAAGUAGACGAUUUCGAUGGAUAUACGGUAUAUUUAUUUAUUUUAUUAAAAUGCUUCGAUUUGCGCUGUAAUGUGAAUGUUUUCGUUUAUGUUAUCCACGAUUUGAAUCAAAGCCAUAUAAAUUUAGUUUUAGUGUAAAUAAACAACAGAAUGCAGUCAAAAUGAAAAUCAUUAUUUCCAUAAAGUGAAAUAUUUCAUCAUGAAAUCUGUAGCAGUUAAAGAACGCCUAGCAUGUAUGCAAUGCAAUGUAAGUCACCGUACACUGCUGUCCAAAUGUUUCAUCCAAUAGCUUUAAGAACCAUUAUUUUGUUGUCCAACAAAAACAUAUUUUGAAUUGGUAUAAUAUUUUUUACUGUAGAGAAAUAUACAGUACUGAUAGUUUACUAAAAACUAUGGAAUUUUUACUUAAACUUAAACUUAACUUAAACAUUUUUUUUAUUGUUUUUAUUCUAGGGCAAACCGUCCUCGAGAUAUAAAAUAAUAUAAAACAAUAUAAUAUACAAUAAUGUUAGUGAAAUCUCUACAUGAUGUCGGAACCUUAGUCAUAAUGUCCAGCAGCAGUAUGCAUUUUCUAAUGUAUGACGAGCAUGGAAUUGGUUAAAUCUCGAGAACGGUUGGUCCUAGAAUAAAACGUUAUGUAUAGGUUUCCAUAUUGAAUCGUAUUUAGAUUCGUAUGUAUAUUCCAUUGUGUUUCUUCUGUUGAAUGGUAACGAUUUCACAAAGUAUUCAAAUUUCAUAAAUUUUCAAAACAUCAUA